AUGGCCGCCGUCAACGGGUCCUCUCCUUCCCCCCUAUCUGCGAACGACCAAGCCAAGGUCAAUGGCAUUGUCGACAAAGACGCCUCCAGCACUCGUGUGCCCGUUCAUACCUUCAACCCCGAUGCCAGUCCACAAGAGAAGGCCGCCAAAGCCGGCAAGGCCGUGCCCCAGCUUGACCUGUCCAGGGCUAAGGCUGCGGUCAACGGCGCGGCGGGAAACAGUGCUGCGAAAGCAAUGGACGGUCUCCCCACCAUCACAGUCGAAGACGCGGAUACCUCCCCAGGACCACAGGCUCCAGGAGCUAUGCCCAAUGGACCCGCGCCAGCCAUCCCUGACUGGUAUAAGCUCGGAUGGCGCGAUGUCUCUGGCAUAGACACCAUUCGCGAGAAAGUGGGGGAUGAAAAGCACAAGGAGAUCCUCGACUUGUUUAUCAGCGAGCAGUACUAUGGAGAGUGGUACCACAAUGCUGCUAUGAUCGUAGUGGCCGUCUUCGUGACCCACUUCCUCACUCGCUUCCACCUCGGUAUGGGAUGGGUGUUCGUCGUCCUGGCAUUCUGCACCACCUACUACUCGACAUCUAUGGAGCGCACUCGGCGGCGGGCGCGUGACGAGAUUCAACGUGAGCUGGGAGUUCGAAUCUGCGACUGGCUCAACAACUUCCUCGACCGUUUCUGGCUUAUCUACGAGCCUGUUUUGUCCCGUACGAUCGUCGCUUCUGUGGACCAGAUCCUCUCUCAAAGCUGCCCACCAUUCCUUGAAUCUCUGCGUCUAAGCACCUUCACCCUUGGAACCAAGGCACCCCGGAUUGAAAAGGUCAAGACGUACCCACGUACGGAGGAUGAUGUCGUUCUCAUGGACUGGUUCCUCUCCUUCACACCCAACGACCUCUCGGAGUUGACGGACAAGCAGAAGCUGAACAAGGUCAACCCGAAGGUUAUCCUCAGCGUUCGUUUGGGCAAGGGCUUCGCUAGCGCGGCCAUGCCAAUACUGGUCGAGGAUAUGACGUUCAGUGGACACAUGAAAAUUCGCAUGAAGCUUAUGACGAACUUCCCUCAUAUCCAAAUGGUGGACGUGUCCUUCGUCACCAAGCCCCCAUUGGUGGUGAGACGUUUGGGUUUGACAUCGCGAACGUCAGUGCCUGGCUUGUCCGCAUUCAUUCGCGACACCGUCCACAGCAUCCUGGGCCCAAUGAUGUACGAGCCGAACGUGUUCACGCUCAACCUCGAGCAGAUGCUCUCCGGCGCUCCGAUCGACACUGCGGUGAGUGCGCGCGACUUGCCUAGCAGCAAGUUCGGCGGCGGUCGCCCUGACCCAUACGUCAGCUUGUGCCUCAACGAACGGGCUGAGCUCCACGGACGCACUGGAAGCAUAACACGUACUAACAACCCGUCGUGGAUGGAGACUAAGUUCAUCCUCGUCAACUCACUUCAGGAGUCGCUCUUAUUCAAGGUGUGGGAUUACAAUGACCACCGCGCCAACACCGACCUUGGAUUUGCUACCUUCGAUCUCAGCUGCCUGGAGGGUGAUGCGACGCAGGAGGGCAUGGAGCAACCAAUCCUCAAGGAUGGCAAGCCUCGUGGAACGAUUCGCUUCGACGUGAACUUCUAUCCCGUUCUCAAGCCUGAGGUUGAUGCCAGUGGUGUUGAGCAACUUCCUGAUACCAAGGUCGGCAUCGUGCGCCUGACAGUCCACCAGGCCAAGGACCUUGAUUCGCAGAAGUCGAUGAGUGGUGAACUUAACCCCUUCGUGAAGAUCUACACCGGGAAAUCCAAAUUGGCCGCCCAUUCCACGAAGAAAGUGCGCCACACGAACAACCCGGAGAAUGCGGUGGUAGUCACCAAAGUCAUCGACGACCGCGACUUCCUGAAGGACCCUGUCAUUGGCUACAUGAGCGUGCGCUUGACGGACCUCCUCCAGGCGAAGACGUCCGGCAAGGACUGGUGGACGCUCAGCAACGCGCGAUGCGGGAAGCUCCGCGUUACCGCAGAGUGGAAGCCCUCGCCAUGGCGGGCAGUCUGCACGGGCGGAUCAGUACGUGCCUCCAUGGGAGUCGUCCGCCUGUGGCUACAGCGCGCGACGGACGUUAAGAACGUGGAGGCGACGCUCGGUGGCAAGAGCGAUCCAUAUGUCCGCGUGCAGAUCAACAACGUCACGGAAGGCCGCACGGAAGUUGUCAAUAACAACCUGAACCCAGAAUGGGACCAGAUCAUUUACAUCCCUGAAACGAUGAUGCUUGAGUGCAUGGACUACCAGCACCUGACAAAGGACCGGUCACUCGGGUACACGGAACUGCGCGUGUCAGACCUCGUAAAGCAGAUUGAGAACCCGCCCGAUGGCGCUGAGUUCCUCUUCGAAUCCACAGGGAAGCGCGAGGUUGAAGAAGGCCUCAAGCUCGGCAACGGCACCUUUAAAGGCAAGCUCCACUACGUCGCUGAGUUCAUCCCCGCGUACGCUAUACGUGGCAUCGGCUUCAACGCUAGCCCCAACGAGAUCGAAGAGGCCGCCAGGGCUGAGUCUCCCGAAUCCGGAGAGGGUGGUACUGUGCAUAACGACAGCGACGAAGAGGACUAUGGGGUCCCCGAAGGCAUCACGACCAGCCGCGCUGAAGGCGCAGAGGGCCCUGGCCACCGCGCGGCCAAGUCGACGGACACCACGGUCUCUGCUGUCUCUGCUGUCUCUGCUGUCUCUGCUGUCUCGAACGGCGAGUCGGCGACGCCCGAGGAGAAGCGGCCAGAGGAGCAGGGCGUCGAGAUGAGCAAGGAGGAGGUGCUCAAGCACCAGUCCGGCAUCAUCAUCUUCAACGUCAUGACCGGUCAACUCCACAAGAAGGCGCGCCUCGAGGUCCUGCUCGACGAAGCGUACUGGCCGGCGCUCAGCACACCGCGCCCGCGGAGCACGAACGCGCACUGGGAGUACAUCGGCGAGGGCGUCGUGAAGGAGCUCGACUUCAGCCGCGUCUGGCUCCGGCUCAACGAGGCCGACGAGGGCGACAAGGACGACGUGAUCGCGGAGUGGAAGGGCGACGCGAAGGCGUUCUUGGAAAAGACUAUGGAUGGCCCUUCGGAGUUCACGCUCGUGAAUCAGGAUGAUGACUCCAAGCGGUCGGUUGUGACCCUGGAGGCCAGGUACCUCCCUGUGCCGCUCAAGCUCGAGGCGAGGGAGAGUGUGAACAACCAAGGCGUCCUGCGCGUCGACCUCAUCGACGGCCAUGGCGUUCGUGGCGUUGAUCGCGGCGGCAAGUCUGAUCCAUUUGUUGUCUUCUCGCUCAACGGCCAGAAGGUCUACAAGUCGCAGACCAAGAAGAAGACGCUCACUCCCGAGUGGAACGAGACGUUCAGCGUUCCAGUGCCCUCCCGCGCCGGCUCGGUCUUCAACCUGGAGGUGUUCGACUGGAACCAGAUCGAGCAGGCGAAGAGCCUGGGUACCGGCCUCGUCGAACUUGAGAGCCUCGAGCCCUUCACGGCCGUCGAGCGCUCGGUUCCUCUCUCGCACGACAAGCACGGCGACCACGGCGAGAUUCGCGUCCGCCUGCUCUUCACGCCCGAAAUCAUCGUCAAGACUCGCAAGAACACUUCCACAUUUUCUUCCGCCGGCCGCGCGAUGACUCAGAUCGGACACAUCCCCGGAGCGGCUGGCAAAGGGGUCAUCUCUGGGGUCACUGGAGUGUUCCGCCGUCGUGGCAGCGUGAGCUCAGUUUCUUCCGACGACCACCGACGACCCGAUCCCCCUGCGGGUGUCGUCUCGAAGCCGGUCGACUUUGCGACGAUGGACGGUAUCGUGUCGGGUGCGACAUUCCCGUCGACAACAGGCGGUAAUGGCCACCAGACCGAGCCUGGGACGCUCAGGGUCAUGGUGCAGCAUGCCAAGGACCUAGGUAUGACAGACGCUAAGCCGUACGCGGUCAUCCGGGUCGGCGACAAGGAGUGCAAGACGAAGCAUGCGCAUAAGACCUCAGAGCCAGAAUGGAACGAGUCGUUUGCAUUCUCAGCAGCGCCCGGAACGCAACCCAAGCUCUUCGCCUGGAUCUUCGACCACAAAACGCUGGGCAAGGACAAGCUGCUCGGAUCCGCCGAGGUCGAUAUCUGGGAGCACCUCACGCCUGGGGAGACAGUCCCGGCACGCGACCUCAGCAUCGAGCUCCGCGAGGGCCAAGGACUCCUCACGCUCAGGCUCGAGUUCGACGCAGACUCGACGCUCUCCAACAAGGGCUCUCGUGGUUCGCUCGUGUCUAUGUCAGGCGGCGAGAAGACGCCUGGGAUGUCGCCUUCCCGGUUCUCGUUGAGCAGGCGGCGGCCCGACCGCGACGACUAA